CUCUAAAGUAGAUGUCAAAGAAUGGUAUUUAAUGUCUAAACGAAAUUGUGAAAAUCACAGACGUUUGAAACUGAGUUGACAGGUGUGACUAAAGGCUCCCAGUUUCCAUGUCGGGUGACAACAUAUUGGAAAUUUCCGGUUCCGGAGGCAGCGGUGUUGUUAUGGACAGUGUGUCGAACCAUUCAGUGUUUCCAGUGAAUUUGUAUGCAGCACAAAGUCUACAUGGAUCAUCAGCAUCACAUUUGAACGGAAACACUCAACACAAUGGAAACCGUGUGAGUGACAAGGCUAAUAACGCCAAAGUACUUCAAGCAAUACAGGCGAUAGGUAACCAAGGAAAAAGGAAACGGGGCCCAAAAGAAAAAGACACGUUCCAGCGCUUCGUGUAUUGCCUACCUGACAAAUACCAAAAACUUCCUAAAUUCACAUCGUUUGACAAGAACGAAAUUACUAUUAUCAAAGCACAUCAAGAUGUCGGAUAUGGGUAUCCAGCACAGGCCUACAACGAUGGUAUUGCCCAAAAGACACAUAUCAAUCUGUCGUAUAAUGCCGCUCAGUUCAGGGAAUUCAUAAGGACACUAUUUCCAAACCUGAUAAGCCGAAAAUGGGACGUCUACAAAAUCGACAAACAGAGACGGCUUCUGCGCGUCGAGCAUGAUACACCAAGGGGAAUCAAAGAUAUGAAGUACCAGGGCUAUCUUAUUGUCAUACCCUACGAUAAUGACAAUGACCGUCCGCAGUCGGUCAUAUACAGGACAGGGGAGGACUAUUUCAUUCAAAUUUCAUCAGAUCAAAUCGAUCACAUGACGCUUGACGAGACAGAGACACCGUUUCUAGAUGGCAGACCUACCCCAGUUGCUUCUCCAGCGCAACUGACAUUACAGAUGACUUCUGUCAUGACUCCGUCGAUUCCCACGAGUACAAUGCGUCUGCCCGUAAUAUCGUCUUUCAACUCUAUAGAAAAUGAGGAAGAGCAUGAGGUAAUUGUGAAGAAAGAACGACGAGACUCGUGUCCAUUGACGACUAGAUCGUCCAAACCUGCUGAACAACCGUCAGUAAGGAGCCCAACAUAUCCUGACGUCCCCUCCAAUAACAAUACUGAUGUGGUGUUCAAUGAAAAUUCUAAACUUACCAAUAUCGUUAAAGCCUACAGAGCACUUCUUCAAAGUCCAUUGAGUGUGACGAUCCGUAAAGAACACCUCGUAGAUGACGUCUUAAAGUUUUACAAGGAAAAUAUAAACUUUGUUAGUCAUCACAUCCGGGUGUUUAUGGCUAACGACAGGUCGCCAACUGAUCAAAAUCAUGCUAUCCCGACAGCCACGCUCUUUGUUAUGUUUUGGAGAGAAAUAUUUCAUCGGUUCUUCAAGGGAGAUCGGGAGUAUGUCCCUACAGUUGACCUCGACAAAGAUGAAGACUUUUUUGUUCUGUUAGGGAAAGUACUAUACCAUGGACUGGUAUUGUUCGACUACUGGCCCGUGAAACUAGCACAAGCUUGUACAGCGGUAAUAUUGACAGAGAAGUGUUCAGACAGCCAAUUAACAACGUCGUUCUAUAAUGUUAUGUCUGAGUCAGAGAAAAACGUUGUGAGUGAGGCAAAGAAGGAGAUGAGAUAUAACAUGACAGAGUUUUCACACCCUACACUGAGAAAUCUUUGUAGGGUGUUACACUUUUACGGAAAUAAAGUGAAACCAUUUCCGUGUACAUUCGAAGGUCUGAUUCUACGUCUGUCUAGGUACCACUUGAUACGAAGUCCAUACUGGGCCCUGUCUGGUAUCAGUGCAGGGUUCGUAUCGAGCUUCUCCAGCAAGUUACCGGUCAUUACUGAACACAACGUGUUCGAGUUGUAUGCACGCCUUUCGCCAAAUGCAAUGAAAUUGUUCGAAAAAGUAAACUUUAUCUUUAGCCCUGCAGAGCAAAACACUUGUGCAGGGAUGGAGGAAAAGAGGACAAAAAUGUACCUGGAAGUGGCCAUUAUGAGGAUGACGACACAUGAAAUAGCCCAAAUGUUGAUGAAGUGGUGCUAUUUUGAUUGUUUGUGUGUAGAUCAGCUCCACAUACGGUUCCACGACCAUGCGGUGUCCGAGCCACCAAUUUUUGACCCAGACACACGAACCCUAAGCUUAUCGUCUGUUUAUAGUUCUCAGGAGGAACUCACCGCCUUGCUUAUAUCACAGUUGGAGCAGUCUAGUGACAUCUAAGCUGACGUCAUCAGUAUCUAA